UCUUCGGCACCCACCGGGGGGCUCACUGCGAUCUCCCAGCGUCGCGCUAGGCUCGCUGGUCCCUCUGGAAUCAAGGGUCUUAUGUCAAAUCUUCGAAUCUUUGCUAUUGCAGUUUUCGCAUCACUUGGAGGCCUUGUAUAUGGCUACAAUCAAGGAAUGUUCGGGCAGAUUCUGAACAUGACUUCCUUUUCUAACACUGUGCACCCGGAGUCUAUCACAAACCCCACACUGAGGGGAUUUCUCACGGCUAUCUUGGAACUGGGAGCCUGGGUUGGUGUUUUGAUAAAUGGUGUUCUUGCAGAUGCUCUAGGACGCAAGCAAGCAACAGUCUCUGGAGUUGGAGUCUUCCUCCUCGGUGUCAUUGUCCAGGCAUGUGCGAAAAACGCCGACUACAUCCUCGGCGGUCGCUUUGUGACUGGUAUCGGUGUCGGUAUCUUAUCAAUGAUCGUGCCUUUGUACAAUGCAGAGCUCGCGCCGCCUGAGCUGAGAGGCUCCCUUGUUUCCCUCCAGCAGCUUGCCAUCUGUUUUGGAAUCAUGGUAUCCUACUGGAUCGGAUACGGCACUAAUUACAUCGGUGGAACUGGCGAGGGCCAGUCAAAUGCAGCAUGGUUAGUUCCAAUUUGCAUUCAGGUUGUCCCCGCGCUAGGACUUGGGAUUGGAAUCCUCUUCAUGCCCCCCAGCCCCCGCUGGUUGAUGGUGAAGGGAAGAGACGAAGAAUGCCUGGCUGUUAUUGCAAAUCUACGCAGCCUGCCCACUGACAGCGAGCUGGUACAGCUGGAAUACCUAGAAGUGAAGGCGCAAGACCGCUUCGAAAAGGAAACCUCUUUGGCAAAGUUCCCUCAGUACCACAAUCCUGGGUGGAUGAACAAGGUCAAACUCGAAUUCCAUGAAUAUGCAAGUUUGGUGACGAACAGAUCCUUGUUCAAACGGACUGUCAUUGCUGUCUUCAUCAUGGUUUUUCAGCAAUGGUCCGGAAUCAACGCUAUUCUGUAUUAUGCAGCGUUCAUUUUUCAAGACUUAGGACUCACGGGAAACACCUCCUCUCUGCUAGCUAGUGGAGUGGGUGGUAUUCUCCUAUUUCUGGCCACUAUCCCUGCGGUGCUCUAUAUAGAUCAGCUUGGACGUAAGCCCGUUCUGAUCGCAGGAGCCAUUGGCAUGGGCAUUUCCCAUUUCAUUGUGGCUGCACUCGAUGGACAGUUUAAUACCAGCUGGCAACACCAUAAAGCUGCGGGCUGGGUUGCUGUUGUCUUUGUCUGGAUUUAUGAAAUCAACUUUGGUUACUCUUGGGGUCCGGGUGCAUGGGUUAUGGUCGCUGAGAUCUUCCCACUUGGAGUCAGAGCCAAGGCCAUUUCAAUCGGUGCUUCCUCUAACUGGUUAAAUAACUUUGCUAUCGGUCAAGCCACCCCUCAGAUGGUCGCGAAAAUGGGCUACGGAACUUUCAUCUUCUUUGGAGCCAUGUGCAUUCUUGGCGCACUUUUCAUAUAUUUUGUGGUUCCUGAGACCAAGAAUUUGACUCUUGAGGAAAUGGAUGAAGUCUUCGGGGAUGAAGCUGGUAGCGCGAUUGAGGACAGGAAUCGCUUGCUUCAGAUUUACACUGAGCUGGGGCUCUUGGACUUUGGUUCCUCCGAGGAAAAGGCCGAGGCUGUUACUUCAGAUGUCGUGAGAGUGGACGAGUAG